AUGAGUGUUGAACGCUGGAGGCGCCGAGGCUCCAUCGCCAGCAAUUCCGACAAACCUCCUUCGCCUUCCUUGACCCCCGAAGACUCGGAUAGUGCUGCUGGCAAGAAGCCGCGAGUGCUGACGAAAGCCUUGCGCUCUCUCAGCAGCACCUCCGUCGAAUCCAUGCCAACUAUGCCCUCCCGAAGCUCCAGCUCCCAACGACGCUUGCAAAAGACAUCCUCGGGUUCUAGCUCCAUGAUCGAAAGAUUACACCGUCGAGUCUCGCGUGACUCUUCCGCCAAUUCUCCUCCUGAGACCUGCCCGAGCCCUCUCCUCGAAUCCUCCCACAGCUCCAUGGACAUCCUCAAGUGCGGCUUUUUGAAACAAGAUUCUUCGGCCCGCAAACCUCGCACCGAGUAUCUUGUUCUCACGGAUCAAUGCCUCUCGAGAUUUGUGAGCUUUGAAGCUGCUCGUGUCAUCUACCCACAAAUGGCACCUCUGGAAGAGACAACCAUCGGUCGAUCUGGUUCUUCUGCUUCCAUUUCCAGCAAGGCUAAUGCUGCUGCCGAGAAUCGCGUCGAGAUUCCUCUGCUAGCUGUCGUGGCCGUAUUCGACGAUAACAGCGCCAACUCAGCCCACACUCUCGAAGUUUGGUGGUCCUCGCCUGCGCCCAAGCUCGCCUAUUGUCGCACACACCUAUCUUUCAAUACCGCUGCCGAUCGAAAUGAGUGGCUAGUUCUAUUGCACCGUACCUGCAGACAAAAGAUACGCUCAAGUCCCCUGGCUGGUUGUAUCCCGGACAAUGUUCGAGACCGGAUACAUCACACUAUCCGUUCAACCGAGACUGUCGUUGACGAAUCCAAGACUACCAUCUUUCCUGUCGUACGCCGAAACACUCCCUCGUCCAAAUCCGCAGCUGAGGACACUGCCAAUACCAGCGACGGAGGGCCUUCCUUCUACUUGGCUAUCGGCCCCUUCAUGUAUUAUUUCAUCGAGAUUCUUCGCUCAGACCAUGCCACGGAACCUGGCGACCUAAUGGCAAAGGUACUCACUUUCGGCACCGUCACGUUGAGUAGAUUUUUAGCCACUGUCGCAAACCACCGGCAAACCUUUACCAUGUGCUUUCGCGUUCCUUUCGGUGUAGAAACACGACUCACGCUAGCUAGUGUCUAUUAUCGUCGCAUCAUCGAGACAGCCAUCAAGAUGGACAGGAUUUUGAAGCCUACUUGGCCGCAGCACCUCCAACAAGCCAUUUUUGAUAUUCGUGGCCUCUCUCCUCCUCUACAACUGACCUCCGGCAAUGACUUGGGUGGGCUUGACAUCAGUCUGCCCGCCUACUGUGCAGCCUUCAAGGUCUCCGUACCAAUCUGGCGAAUCGACUGGAAUACGCCAUCGCAACCUUGCUUCUGUCUCCUGCCAUCCCCUGACCGGGCUUAUUCUCCCCUUCAGCUUUUGGCCGUCUUCAGAGCGCUACGAUACAAUGGCUUCUUCAAGGCCGUCUCUUUUGCCGAUGUCGACUUGUCACCCCUAGCUGAUAGGCAGGACAAUGCGAACCACAAUGAAACUAUCGUCACUGCGUCCGCAAACCGCGUUCGUAUACCCGAUGAUCUCCAUGACAUCAUAUUGGGGGCAAAUGUUCUCGAACAAGAAAUCCACUCGCUGAUUUUUGCCUCGGAUUCGAUUCGAUACAUCAAUCUAUCCAACGUAUUCGGCUUAUAUGACCCCAAAACGGGCCAGCGUCGCAUGAUUGCUGACACGGCGCCUUUCGAAGCGAAAACAAGUCAGUUGGUGCGCCCGAUUACGGAGCUGCUCCAACGACAGUUGUCUCACUGCCACAGCAUUGUGCUCUCUCGCAACCCGAUUUCGGCCAAAGAUGCCGAUGACUUGCGCGACAUGAUUAGCCAGCCCUAUGUGCGUCUUCGACGUCUCGAGCUUGCCGACUGUGGACUUGAGGACUUUGGUUUAUCCGACAUCUGGAUGUCAUUGGACCAUCAAGCAGAUUUGAGCAUACUUGACUUGUCAAACAGCAAGGGACUUGUCAAGUUUGAAAUCAUCUGCAAUGCUCUCAGCCGCUUCCGCGGCGUAACCAAGCUCUGCAUUGCCCGAAACGUGCGCUUGGCGACCGAGUUAUCGCUCUUUGACGAUGACGCAUUGGCUACGUGGCAGUUACAGGAACUGGACUUGUCCGGAAUUGCGCUCAAUGAUGCUACCGUAGACAGUCUGGCCAACUACCUGUCUGGCAGUGGCUCGCACUCUCUUCGAAAAUUGUGCCUCAACAACGCUGCCCUCAACGGAUCACAGAUUGCCCGGCUUUUCCGUAGUAUGGGGCGCGGCCGCGAGAUGGAAGUUUACAUGGACUCAAAUCCCCUCGACGCCGGCAUCGCGGAUCUGUGUGAUGCCAUUGGUUCUGGGUUUGGCCCGUGGUGUCUUUUUUUGCGAAUGAUUGAUUUCACCCGCGAGGAAAGCUACGUUAAGCUGCUUCGUGCGCUGGCAUUGAAUACUACCAUCAAGUGCCUGAACUUGGCUGGCACCUCAACUCCUGAUGCAGCCAGCGAAACAGCCUGUCAAGCAGUCUUCGACUUUUUGGCCAAGAACACCUCAGUUCGCUACUUGGACAUGUCCGGGUACGACUCCAAACUUGAUGAGGGAAGGCUGGGAAGGGGAUUUUCCCGGGCUCUUGGCGGCCUCCGUCACAAUACAGCUAUCGAGCACUUGCUAGUUCGCAGCCAGAUGCUCAACAUUAAUGUGGGAGAGUUUGCAGAGGCUCUUGCUGUGAAUACGACACUUCGAACCGUCGACUGCUGCUCAAAUGAUCUGCAAUUGUCCAACUUUCGAUACAUUAUUUCUAAGCUUGAGCGCAAUUCGUCGUUGCGUAAUUUCGUUCCUUUUACUAGUAAGGAGCUGGACCGCAUUAUCGAAAAGUCAAUUCGCGAUGCGAUCAUGCCGGCGUUAGCCAAACGACCGUCCAUGAUGUCCCGAUUCAGACACGAGAAGAACAAGGAGCCGCAGCAGGAUGCAACCUUGAUUCAUGAGCUCAAAGCUGAAUGGGAGCACGCUAAGCUCCGCUUGCAGAGCAUCAUGGAUGAGAACCUGCGAAAUCACGUCGAAGCAAUGAAUUCAGAUGCUGCCUCGACGAGCCAAGCCUCUACCGAGGGCGAGAACGUGUUUGCAGCGGCUUUUGGUGGCCUUGCCGCAAAGGACUAUGAAGGCAUCAGGAUAGUCACAACAAGACGCAGCGUGGAUGCAUCGCAGCGGAUGAGCUUGCAUGCCCGCACAAACUCUAGCAAAUCUACCGCGGGACGCCCAGAUUCGGUCGGUUCGAGCGAGGCCGCUGCUAGUCCCAGUAGCGAAGCUGCCAGCAGCGAGUCCGGUGCUGCGACACCACAUGAUGUUGACUACGCAAUCGAGACUGAGCCAGGGCUGCGCAAUGGCCAGGAACAGUGGACCGUAUAUGGCGACGGCCCUGAACUUAACUAUGCUUAUGCGGAUGGCCAAGAUGUGGAUGCCGGGAUUCAGAUGAAGCGUAACCGACGAUUUCAAGGUGACCCGACGGACCGAAUAGAAGAAGAGGACAGUGCCCAAGAAGCGGACAAGAGCUCGACAUAG